GCACUCACUCACUCACUCACUCUCUCACUCACGCUUUUUUCUUCUUCACAGUAACGCUCUGAAAACCAGAGCAAAAAAGCAACAACACAAACAACACACUCUCUCUUUCUCUCUUUUUCUUUUUGUUCUUGCUUGGUUCUUCUUGCAAACAGAGCUAACGCAUUGAGCAAAAUUUGAAUAAUGUCGUCGAACAAUCAUCGCCGUUCAUCGUUCUCUUCCUCCACCGCAUCGUCGUUAGCCAAACGCCAUGCAUCAGACAACAACAACAACAAUAACAAUAACUACGUCGUUGGUGCGGCGGCGGUUAAGGCUCCGGCCGCCGCUUCUCACUCCGCCAAGAAGCGUCCCCCUCUCUCCAACCUCACCAAUCACAUCGCUUCUCGCAACUCAUCGUCACAGUCAUUGGUACCAUGCGUGAGUAAAUUUGCGAAAACCAAGAAAGAGGCACCUCCUAAAGUAGCACCUGCUUUGCCGAAUGUGAAAUCUGCUGCUGCUGCGGUUGUUUUUCCUAAGGUUGCUACUGCUACUGCUUCGUUCACUGAAAGGAACGAAGAUGAUGCUGCUGCUGCUGCUUCAGGGGCUAGAGUUUCUGUUCCUGUUUCGACCAGCAUGGAUGUUUCCCCUUGUAAAUCUGAUGGGUGUUCGGUUUCUAUGGAUGAGUCCAUGUCUUCUUGUGAUUCUUUCAAGAGUCCUGCUGAGAUUGAAUAUGUGGACAAUAGUGAUGUUUCAGCUGUGGAUUCUAUUGAGAGGAAGACAUUCAGCAUUUUGAACAUCUCUGAUGCUAAAGAGCAAGCAGGAAACAUCUGUAGUAGGGACAUUCUUGUUGAGGAAUUGGAAAAGGGGGAGAAAAUUGUUAAUAUUGAUAAUGAUCACAUGGAUCCCCAGCUCUGUGCUUCCUUUGCUUGUGAUAUCUACAAGCACCUGCGUGCAUCUGAGGCAAAGAAAAGACCUUCCACAGAUUUCAUGGAGAAAGUUCAGAAGGAUAUAAAUACCAGCAUGCGUGCUAUAUUGAUCGACUGGCUUGUGGAGGUGGCUGAAGAGUAUAGACUAGUACCUGAUACAUUGUAUUUGACAGUAAACUACAUAGAUCGGUAUCUCUCAGGGAAUGCAAUGAGCAGGCAAAAGUUACAAUUACUUGGGGUUGCCUCCAUGAUGAUUGCCUCGAAAUAUGAGGAGAUUUGUGCACCUCAGGUGGAGGAAUUUUGUUACAUAACUGACAACACAUACUUCAAAGAGGAGGUCUUACAGAUGGAAUCUGAAGUCUUGAAUUUUCUGAAGUUCGAAAUGACAGCCCCAACAAUCAAAUGUUUCUUAAGACGAUUUGUACGUGCAGCUCAAGGAGUUGAAGAGGUCCCUUCCCUGCAACUUGAGAGUUUGACAAACUACAUUGCCGAAUUGUCUCUCAUGGAGUACAGCAUGCUUUGUUAUGCACCAUCACUUGUAGCUGCUUCUGCAAUUUUCCUGGCCAAAUUUAUACUAUUCCCUUCAAUAAAACCAUGGAGUUCAACAUUGCAGCAUUACACACUCUACCAGCCUUCUGAUUUGUGUGUUUGUGUAAAAGAACUCCAUCGCCUUUUUUGCAACAGCCCUAAUUCUAAUUUGCCCGCAAUUAAGGAGAAAUACAGUCAACACAAGUACAAAUAUGUGGCCAAGAAGUACUGCCCUCCUUCAAUACCUUCAGAAUUUUUCCAGAAUUGAGAGGAGAUGACAGUCCAAUUUCCAGUUGGAUAGGAUUAGAUUGACAUAGCAUUUCUCUCCAGAGAAAGGCUCUUUAGAAAAUAUCAAUGCUUCAAGAGUUAACUUGUAUUGAUAGCUAUUGCUUCAGCAUCAUUAAUGGCUAGAAGGAAUCAAAUGUCUAAAUUUGUUGUCCAAAUUA